AUGAGGGUUCCGUUCAUUUCGACACUUCUAUGUGGUUUCUGUUAUUCACAGAAAGAGACCACCACCAGCCCGACUACUACUACUACUACUCCUACUACUACUACAACCACUACUACUACGACGACUACUACCACUACACCUCCACCUCCUCCAACCGUGUUCAAUGCUACUAAUAUGCGUGUUCAGUCCAAGAUUGUCUAUUAUUGCAACAAAGCAUUCAAGACACCUAAUGGUAAGGAAUCAAGUUGUGGUCUCUCGCAAACUAUGGAAACUUUUAAUAUGGUCUUGCCCCUUAUGGAUGAUAAGACUUUAACAAUCCUUGAGGACUCAUACGUUGUCAAGGACGGCCAGGUGUCUGUUGUAGCAUGGCCAAGUCGACCAUACCAAUACAUGAUCUACGUCACUACGCCUUCCAAGAGGACGGUCAUGCAGAUCUAUGAUCACAAGUCUUAUGUGAUCAAAGAAGAGAAAGUAACUUCAUCUCAAACCUUUGGUAACUAUAGAACACUAAAUGACGAUGACUGGAAAUAUGAAGGCUUAGUCCUAGUACAGGGCGUGAAUCAAAGUGUGUGGACUUCAACCGGUGGAUUGCCAGCUGGUGGUGGUGGUAAGCAAGAGUUCGAUCUACUAGGAGCUUCUCAAGUUGCUCCGAACAAGUGGAAAUUACAUCUCGACGAGACGAACACUACUCUAUAUAACAUCGAGGGCCUUGCGGGUGCGGGUGACAUCGUGGUCCAGCGAACGAGUAUCAAUUACUUGGCCAAUCUGACUGAUGACAUGACCGUUGACCAAGCUCUGAGCGCUGUAUAUAAGAGCUAUAAAGUUACAGAGCACAUCCCUAAUCCAGGUGACCCCAAGACAGUCCCCUAUGUUCAUCCCUUGUUGGCCAAGACUCAUGUUAUUACCGAAGAAACUCGCCAGUUCUUCGAAUCUCAAAAGCCCGCUGAGUGCACGCCGAAUGAAGGAGAGUCCCCGCCUCCUAUUGCUUGCUAUACGAUUGUUGAAGGGACCAGCUCGUACGACUUCUUCUAUGCUGAUUCUGCUCCUCCUGGGAGGCGCCUUAUCAAGCUCAACAGGUUCCAAUACCCUACUGGAUGUCGGGCUGAUAUUAACACGCUACAAGAUCCUAAUGUAUGCCUGUUUAUUGAUAUUGAUGCUGAACCGCAAAAACUUGGUGUCGAACUUGGACUUCUUUUGCAAGAUGUGAAUAAACCUUCAUCAACAGGUGUGUUAGGCCUCGAUAUAGUUUUAUCGUGGCCUGGUGGUAAAACCUUGGAAAGUUUGAGGUUCUUUGGGGUGACAUGUGCGACAAUUUGGCAAGUGAAAACCCCUGCUGGUGUCGGUCUUGCCCUCAAUAUUUGUUUCAAUGGGAAUGCCACCAGCACUGACCAAGUGGCGGUCACCCUCACGUUCACUCAAUUGGGAAGUAGUGGGCAGAAGAUGACUGUUGCUGGAGUCGCGAAAGGCACUGCACGGGGUGGCAAGAUGUUUGCCUCAGCGGAUAGUCUAGUUACCGCUGGUGCUGAGGACAAGUCGACUGAUGCGGCCGUUUCCUUCGAUCUCAAUGCCUCUAGCAGAGAGGAUCUCAUAACUCUAUGGUCGUUCCUAUCGGGUUUCGACUUCGAAAUUGGUAGAAAGAUAUUAAACUGGCGUAUGGUAUAUCACUGGCGAGUUGAGCAGUGGGGAACUGGGACUAUCAUCCUUUAGUCGUGUCUAUUCGGUCGUUAUUAGUAUUCCUUACCAAUGUAUAGUUACAAUCUUGUCGAGUUUUUAAUCUCGACUUUAUCGUCGGUUGUCAUCGUAUCAAUGAUAUCAAGUUUUUCUUU